AUGGGAACUAUACAGGAAGAAACAAGAAAGACAUUAGAUCUUAGGGUUAGGGAAGACGCAGAAGCAACAGAACAAGCAGUCRCCCUGGAACUGAAGGAAGAAUGGCAAGAUGAAGAAUUCCCUAGAUUGCUUCCUGAGGAGACUGGCCCUUCUGAAGAUCCUGAGGACCCUCAAAGGGACUCACAGCCAGGUACCCCCAAUACUUUAGCCCUGUGUGGCCAGCGCCUCAUGCGGAAACGACUUUCUGCCCCAGAAUUGCAGCUGAAUCUUACUGCUGGGCCUGGAGAUAAUGGAGCUUCUCCCACCUCCUCUGCAUCUUCCUCUUCUGAUGGCAGUUCAGACCUGGAAGUAGAUGAAUUAGAGACACCUUCAGACUCAGAGCAGCUGGACAGUGGACAUGAAUUUGAAUGGGAAGAUGAGCUGCCCCGGGCAGAGAGUCUGGGGGCCAGUGAAGCAGCAGAAAGACUGGGCCAGGGUUGCAUGUGGGAUGUGGCUGGAGAAGAUGGUCAUCGCUGGAGGGUGUUCCGAACAGGACAGUGGGAGCGACGAGUGGACAUGACUAUCAUUGAGCCCUAUAAGAAAGUCCUAUCUCAUGGAGGUUACCAUGGUGAUGGCCUCAAUGCUGUCAUCCUCUUUGCUUCCUGUUAUCUACCCCAAAGCAGCAUCCCCAACUACAAUUAUGUCAUGGAACAUUUGUUUAGGUAUAUGGUGGGAACUCUGGAGCUGCUGGUAGCUGAAAAUUAUCUGCUUGUUCACUUGAGUGGAGGCACAAGCAGGGCCCAAGUUCCACCUCUGAGCUGGAUACGCCAGUGUUACCGUACCCUGGACAGGCGGCUUCGGAAAAACCUGAGAGCCCUUGUGGUUGUCCAUGCCACAUGGUAUGUGAAAGCAUUUCUGGCACUGCUUCGGCCCUUCAUCAGUUCCAAGUUCACACGAAAGAUACGCUUUUUGGACAGCCUGGGGGAGCUGGCCCAACUCAUCUCCCUGGAUCAAGUCCACAUCCCUGAAGCUGUCAGACAGCUGGACCGGGAUCUCCAUGGCUCAGUACUGGAUAAAGGGCCUUAG